CCUCGCCGAGCAAGAGCUGGCCGGGCGGGAACGGAAGACGCAGUCCCGGCACCCAUUUUCUAGAUAACGGAUGUGAUUCUCGGCGUCCUCGUUUAUCGAGCGCCUCCCGAGGCCCGGCCCUGGGAUGCAGCCCGGCAAUGAUCGGCUUAGUCUCUCCCUGAUGUAUCAGCUGACGAUACAUCAUCCUGAUAAGGCCGCGACUCACCAAAGUUGUGACAGAGGAGCUCGUGGAAUAGAGAGCUAGUCCUGGGUUCUGGGCGCGCUGAAUCCUGCUUAUCGAUGAAAUGCAGUUGACACAUCAGCUGGACCUAUUUCCCGAAUACAGGGUGACCCUUCUGUUAUUUAAAGAUGUAAAAAAUGCUGGAGACUUGAGAAAAAAGGCCAUGGAAGGUGCCAUUGAUGGCUCAUUAAUAAAUCCUACAGUGAUUGUCGAUCCAUUUCAGAUACUUGUGGCAGCAAACAAAGCAGUUCACCUCUACAAACUGGGAAAAAUGAAGACAAGAACUCUAUCUACUGAAAUUAUUUUCAAUCUUUCCCCAAAUAACAAUAUUUCAGAGGCCUUGAAAAAAUUUGGUAUCUCGGCAAAUGACACUUCAGUUCUGAUUGCUUAUAUUGAAGAGGGAGAAAAACAAAUAAAUCAAGAAUACCUAAUAUCUCAGGUAGAAGGUCAUCAAGUUUCUCUCAGAAAUCUCCCUGAAAUAACAAAUAUUACAGAAGUCAAAAAGAUAUAUAAACUAUCUUCACAAGAAGAAAGUAUUGGGACAUUAUUGGAUGGUAUCAUUUGUAGAAUGUCAACAAAAGAUGUUUUGUGAAAUGACAGAAAUAUUAAAAAUUUUCAGCAAUUAU